AUUUUAUUCAACAAUAACAUGUACAUGUCAUUGAGCGUAUUCUGUUUUUGACAAAUUAUAUUAAUGAUUCUUAUCCUUCAUUUCCUAUUUGCUAAACGGUGCGGUUGCACUCUAUUCAAGUAAAGAAAUUAAAAAACAACAAUAUCGACAGCUGCCUUCAUAAAAUUAAAAUAAAAUGUCGUAUGUUGAACUUCAGACGACAAUGGGAAAUAUUCUAAUUGAGCUAUAUACUGAUCAUGCUCCAAAAACAUGUAAAAACUUUUACGAAUUAGCAAAAUCUGGUUACUAUGAUGGAGUCAUUUUUCAUCGAAUCAUUCCAGAUUUUAUGAUCCAAGGAGGUGACCCUACAGGAACUGGUCGGGGAGGAAAUUCUAUCUACGGUGCCACCUUUGAAGAUGAAAUUCACCCCGAGUUGCAUCACACAGGUGCAGGAAUUUUGUCAAUGGCAAAUGCUGGUCCUAAUACGAAUGGUUCACAAUUCUUCAUUACUCUAGCACCGACUCCUUGGCUGGAUGGAAAGCAUGCCAUCUUUGGUCGAGUCCAAAAAGGCAUGCAAGUGUGCAGACGCAUGGGUCUUGUUCAAACGGACAAAAAUGACAAACCAUUAGAAGAUAUUCGUAUACUCCGUGCCGCUGCUCUUUAGUUUUGACUAACGUUAUGACAUAUCUCACCUUUUCCAAAUCGCAUGUCCAAAAUAAAACACUGAUUACUUCAUAUUAACGGC